CUAUCUGACCCGACGCUUUCAUAGUCAUUACCAAAAGCACUAGACAGAACCAACUCAACAAAAAUGGAAGUCUGGACCGAGCACAAAGAGCACACCGUGGAAGGCCACACCUUCACGGGCACGCUCAAAUUCAGGGGUGAAACAAUCUGGGGCCCCCGAAGCUGCCACGACAACACCCAUCGUCUGGCAAAAGCUCUGCAAGAUGCCGACUGGCGCUUUUCCUUGCUCCUAGAGCCUAAGGAGCACUCAGUCGAAGGACACGUGCGCUAUAUCAGCGUGAGGGACUGGAACGGCGGAAUCCUCCUGGAUAAACUCAGUACCCAUGACAACAUGGAUUCGCUGGCUAGAGCUGUCUCGCAGGCAAUCGCAGGAGCUGGAGGACCUCCUUGA